AUGGAUAUUGACUCUAAGCUCGACAAAUUUGAUGUUAAGUCUGGGGUUGAAGGCUCAUCAUCAAUGCAAGUGGAUUCUAAGGGAACUGCUGAAGAAAAAGAUGAAUUAGCUGACUCAAUGAAUAAAUUGAAUGUGGAAGCAUCGUCAUCUGGGCAGGUGGGACCUUCAUUCAGAAGAAAACCAGUUAUCAUUAUCGUUGUUGGAAUGGCAGGGAGUGGAAAAACGACUUUUCUUCACAGGUUGGUUUGCCACACUCAAGCUUCGAGGAUUCGUGGUUAUGUGCUCAACCUUGAUCCUGCUGUGAUGACUCUCCCCUAUGGUGCAAAUAUUGAUAUAAGGGACACUGUUAAGUACAAGGAAGUGAUGAAGCAGUUUAAUCUUGGACCUAAUGGUGGAAUCAUGACAUCUCUUAACUUGUUUGCAACAAAGUUUGAUGAGGUCAUUCAAGUCAUUGAGAAGCGAGCAGACCAGCUUGAUUAUGUUCUUGUGGAUACGCCUGGUCAAAUUGAAAUAUUCACUUGGUCUGCUUCUGGAGCUAUCAUUACAGAAGCUUUUGCUUCUACCUUUCCAACUGUGGUUGCUUAUGUAGUUGACACACCUCGUUCCUCAAGCCCAGUAACUUUCAUGAGCAAUAUGCUUUACGCCUGUAGCAUACUAUACAAGACAAGGCUGCCUCUUGUGUUGGCAUUCAACAAGACUGAUGUGGCUCAACACCAAUUUGCUUUAGAGUGGAUGGAAGAUUUUGAAGCCUUUCAAGCAGCAAUGAGGUCAGAUGACUCGUAUAUGUCUACUUUUGCUCAAAGCCUCUCCCUUGCACUUGAUGAAUUCUAUAAAAAUUUGAGGUCAGUUGGGGUCUCAGCUGUUUCUGGAGCUGGGAUGGAUACCUUCUUUAAGGCUAUCGAAGCCAGUGCUGAGGAGUAUAUGGAAACCUACAAGGCUGAUCUUGACAAGAGAUGGGCAGAGAAGCAACGACUGGAGGAAGAGCGACGCAAACAUAACAUGGAAAAACUGAGGAAGGACAUGGAAAAAUCAGGGGGACAAUCUGUUGUUUUGAGCACUGGUUUGAAGGAUAAAGCCCAGAAUAGUAACAUGGUUGAUGAAGAUGACGAGGAGGAAAUUGAAGAUGAUGAUUUUGAAACGUUUACUGAGGAAGAUGUUAUAGAUGAGGAUGAGGAUGAAGAUGAAGAGGUGGGCAGGUUCUCCUCCUAG